AUGAUCACAAAUCAAAUAUUGAUACACUUGAACGAUUGCUUUAUGUUGUUUUGCAAUUAUCCAAGUGUUAAGGAACGGUAUUACUAUUAUAUUAACCAUGGAAUAGACACGGACCAUGUGGCACCGAUGGAAGACAGCUGGUUAGAAGAUGUAUUGUCCUUGGUCCCACUCCAUCUCAAAACACACACUGUUACUAUUGAAUCACUUUCAGAUGAAAUGAAAGAAGAUUAUCUCCUUAGUGUGAAGAAAGCAAUAGUUGACUUUGUUUUAAGAGAUCCCAGAGAGAAAGAAGAAGUCAAGAAAGAUAUUCCUGUUCAUCGUGCAGAGUUGGAAAUUGUACCAAAGCCAUGGAACAAGUCAUUUUUGGUAGCACGAAACUUAAUAAAGGCAAACCUUAAUGCAGUGAAUCCCACUAUGUUGGCAGUGCUGGAUCUCUGGCAAAGUUCUUUUCAGCAGCUACGGUUCAUUGAUGUUGAUGAAUUUCGUAAUCGUAAAGAUUCAAUGGAACUAACUACAUUCCAGAUCUUGUUUAUGAGGCAAAUUGAAUCUGUGAAAGAUAAACUUCUUAAAAAAUGGUUUCCUGAAGUCCAAAAUAUUUAUUACUUAGGAAAUAAACGGAAGCAGGUUCCCAGUAUUGCAAAUCGUGCCAAAUUAAUGUCUUUCUUUAAUUGUGCUGCUACUCUGAUGACUUCACAACUUCAAAGCUUAACCCUAAAAUCUAUUCAAGACUACACGGAUCUGAUUGUACAGCGACCGGAUUCCAUACGUGUUUACGAACACCCAGGUUUCAUUUUGCGACUAAUUCUAAAAAACAACAAUGUUCAAUUUGAACCAGAAUGUAAAGAUUUUGAAAUAAUAUUCUUGAGUGUUUAUGAUGUCAUGCUGACAACUGCAAAUAAGGUGCCAAGAGUUGAGACAAAACUGUACACCGAAUGGUCUGGUAUUCAGACCACUCUGAAACCAAUAAUCUUGGACGAAAUUCUAGAGGAAAACAAAAAGAAAGUGAAAGAUAUUAUUGCCAAAGAAAGUUUGGGACCCCAAGAGCAUACCAAACUGUAUGAUAAAUAUACUAUGCUCAUUAAUAGACAAGCUGACUUGGACGUGGAGCAAUUUCUGAAUGAAGAACAUACUUUUGAAGAGAAUGCACAGGAAAUUAUUAAGUACCUGAAACUGAAAGAGGAAAUUAAGUAUCAGUCUCAAAAGGUUGUUCGCCUGGGAAUGUUUGAGGUGCACUGUGAUGAACUCAUAAGAGCUCUUGUGAAACGGGCGGAAACUCUAUAUGAGAAACUUCUGAACAAGUUAAACAAAUAUCAUCAGGAUGCAAAUAAAGCGUUAUGUCUUGAAUUUGAGAAAAUAGCAGAGAAAGCCCUGAUGACACCUCCAAAUACACAAGCGUUAAUGGAGUUGAAGGCCUACGUAAAACAGGUCGAAGUGAAGGACAUGGCUGAACUUGAGCUGAAGCUGGUUGAAGCCAAAAACCGCUUGACUUUUCUUGUGGAUUAUGUUACACUUUCCCCAAGUGACAUGCGGCUAAACAACAAUACAUUUCACUGGAGCGGACGAAUGGCAGAGAUUUUUGAGGAACAUAAGAGGAUGGUUGCAGAGAAGGAAGAGCAGUACCAACAAGGACUUCGGCUUCGUACUGAAAGAUUUCUAGAGGAACUGGAAAGUUAUGCUAAGCAAGUGGAAGAAUUCUACAGUUUUGGAGAAUUGUCGGAAGUCAAUCGAUACUUACGAAAGGCUCAAGCAUUAAAUGCAAAGCUGAAUCAAGCAAUGGAGAAGAUUGAUCAGAUUAAUGAGGAAGAGCAAGCAUUUGGAUGGAGUGAAUCUCAAUACCCUCAGCGUAAACAGACCAGCGAUACACUGCAACCAUAUCUGCGACUGUAUGACUUGACAGUAGAGUUCAAUGGCAAGUAUAAAAAUUGGAUGGAAGGACCAUUUACUGAGGCUAACCCAGAUCAAGUUGAGGCAGAUGUGGGAAACUACUGGCGAGCUUUAUACAAGUUGGAACGGACAUUAACAGACUCACCAAAUUCAUACAAGAUUGCCAAUACUGUUAGGAAAAAAGUCGAAGAAUUUAAAGAGCACAUUCCCCUUAUUCAUGUUGUCUGCAAUCCUGGUUUACGUGAACGACAUUGGGAUGCCUUAUCUGAUAUCGUUGGAUACCCACUUGAGCCUACUGAAGACACAACUAUCACCAAGUUUCUUGCUAUGAAUCUUGAGCCUUACUUAACACAGUUUGAGGGUAUUAGUGAGGCCGCUAGCAAGGAGUACUCACUGGAGAAAGCCCUGGAAAAAAUGAUCAAGGAGUGGGAAGGAAUGGAAUUUGUUCUCCAUCCAUAUCGAGAAACAGGAACUUAUAUACUUGCAGCAGUUGAUGAUAUCCAGAUGUUACUUGAUGACCACAUUGUAAAGACCCAAACAAUGCGUGGAUCUCCCUUUAUACAACCAUUUGAAAAAGAAAUCAGAGAAUGGGAAGGCAAACUGUUGCUGCUUCAGGAGAUCAUGGAUGAAUGUUUAAAAGUUCAAGCAACUUGGCUGUACCUAGAACCUAUUUUUAGCUCCCCUGAUAUCAUGGCCCAGAUGCCUGAAGAGGGAAGAAGGUUUACAGCUGUAGAUAAGACUUGGAAAGAACUUAUGAAGCUAGUGAUAAUGGAUACGCAUGUUCUAGCAGUGGUAUCCAUAGACAAAAUGAUUGAAAAGCUAAAAAAAUCAAAUGCUCUGCUGGAUUUGAUACUGAAGGGACUUAAUAAUUAUUUGGAAAAGAAGCGUUUAUUCUUCCCUAGAUUUUUCUUCUUGUCUAAUGAUGAGUUGCUGGAGAUCCUAUCAGAGACCAAAGAUCCUACUAGGGUACAGCCUCAUUUGAAGAAGUGCUUUGAGGGCAUUGCAAAGGUUCAAUUUACUGACAUCUUGGAAAUAACCCAUAUGAAAAGUAGUGAAGAUGAAAUAGUAGAACUUAUUGACAUCAUUUCCACUGCAAAGGCUAGAGGUCAGGUCGAAAAGUGGCUGCUAGAACUUGAGUCAGCUAUGGUGAAAUCCAUUCACAAGGUUAUUGGCCAAGCGAUUGAAGCUUAUCCAAAUACUCCGCGUAUAGAUUGGGUGAGAAACUGGCCUGGUCAGACAGUAUUAUGUGUUUCUCAGAUGUUUUGGACACAAAAAGUUCAAGAUUCAAUUAAAGCUGGUCAAGAGAUCCUUGAGCAGUUUCUGGACACAAAUAACAAGCAAAUUGAUGACAUUGUUACUUUGGUACGUGGAAAACUGUCCAAACAAAAUCGUGUGACCCUUGGGGCAUUGGUUGUGCUGGAUGUUCAUGCCAGAGAUGUUUUGGCAGUUCUGGUAAAGAAAAGAAUCAGUGAUGAAAAUGACUUUGAAUGGUUGAGCCAGCUGAGAUACUACUGGGAGGAAAAUGAACUUCAGACAAAAAUGAUCAAUGCAGGUUUACCCUAUGGCUAUGAAUAUCUUGGAAAUACUGACCGACUUGUUAUCACUCCACUUACAGACAGAUGUUACAGAACAUUAUUUGGUGCUUUAAAUCUCCACCUUGGAGGAGCACCUGAAGGACCUGCUGGCACUGGCAAGACUGAAACGACUAAAGACUUGGCAAAGGCUGUAGCCAAACAAUGUGUGGUAUUUAACUGCUCUGAUGGACUGGACUACAUUGCUUUGGGAAAAUUCUUUAAGGGAUUGCUCUCCUGUGGUGCUUGGGCAUGUUUUGAUGAAUUUAACAGAAUUGAUCUGGAAGUACUUUCUGUUGUUGCUCAGCAAAUUCUAACUAUCCAGAGAGGUAUUGCAGCUGGGUCAGUUACAUUGAUGUUUGAAGGAACUGAACUGAGACUUAACCCAACCUGUGCUGUUUUUAUUACUAUGAAUCCAGGUUAUGCUGGUCGGUCUGAGUUGCCAGACAAUUUAAAGGCACUGUUCAGAACAGUAGCUAUGAUGGUACCAGACUAUGCUAUGAUUGCAGAGAUCGUACUUUAUUCUUGUGGAUUUGUCAGUGCUCGACCUCUGUCGGUUAAGAUUGUAGCUACCUACCGUCUUUGUUCAGAACAACUGUCUUCACAGCCCCAUUAUGAUUAUGGGAUGCGUGCAGUGAAAUCUGUCUUAACUGCUGCUGGAAAUAUAAAGUUGAAAUAUCCAACAGAAAAUGAAGAAGUUUUGCUUCUGAGAUCGAUUAUUGAUGUUAAUUUGCCCAAGUUCUUGUCUCAUGAUUUGCCACUUUUUGAGGGAAUCACAUCAGAUUUGUUUCCUGGAAUAAAACUACCGAAACCUGACUACCGUGUCUUGCUGGAAGCAAUCAGAGAGAAUUGUGAACACUUGAAUUUGCAAAUGACAGAUUUCUUCUCACAGAAGAUAUUACAAAUUUAUGAAAUGAUGAUUGUGCGUCAUGGAUUUAUGAUUGUUGGAGAACCAUUUGGAGGAAAAACAUCCGCUUAUAGAGUCCUGGCUGGUGCCCUACAUGAUAUUUGUGAAAAGGGGCUUUUGGAAGAGAACAAAGUUCAAAUCACAGUCAUUAAUCCCAAGGCUAUCACUAUGGGUCAGUUAUAUGGCCAAUUUGAUAAGGUGUCACAUGAAUGGUCUGAUGGUAUUCUGGCUGUUAGCUACCGAGCAUUUGCUGUUUCUUCUACUCCAGACAGGAAAUGGUUAAUUUUUGAUGGACCAGUUGAUGCUGUCUGGAUUGAGAACAUGAACACUGUCCUUGAUGAUAACAAGAAAUUGUGUCUGAUGAGUGGAGAGAUCAUUCAGAUGUCUCCUCAAAUGAGUCUUAUAUUUGAACCAAUGGAUCUGGAAGUUGCUUCUCCUGCUACUGUUUCAAGGUGUGGAAUGGUUUAUAUGGAACCUCUUAUGAUGGGAUGGAAGCCUGUAAUGGUGUCUUGGAUGAAUAAGAUGCCUCCAGGUGUUCGUCCCAUGCACAAGGAAUUAAUCGAAGGGCUAUUUGACAGAAUGGUGCCAGUGUCUCUUCAAUUUGUUCGAAAAGCAGCUAAGGAGUUAGCUCCUACAAGUGACACAAGUUUGGUUCAGUCACUCAUGAACCUUAUGGACUGUCUAAUGGAGGAAUUUACAGACGCUGCCAAAGUCAAGCAAAUGAAUGAACGUGACAUCUGUUCUUGGCUUGAGGGAAUUUUUCUGUUUUCCCUAAUCUGGUCAGUUGGUGCUACCUCCAGAGAGGAUGAUCGACUGAACUUUGACAAACUUGUGCGAGAAAUAAUCAAUGGACCUCUUACUGAGGAGACAAGAACACUCUUCAAUUUAUUUCUUCAAGUUGAUCCUCCAGCAAAACUCCCUACUGUUCCGAUUCCUGAGGAGGGCCUUAUCUAUGAUUAUGUGUUCAUUAAAGAUGGAUCAGGAAGAUGGGAAUUGUGGACUGAAAGAUUGAACUCGGUUCCCCCCAUUCCAAAAGAUGCAGAAUUCAAUGAAAUUAUUGUACCAACUAAAGAUACCAUUCGUUAUAUGGAACUUAUGAAACUAAUGACAACAAAUCAAAAACCUUCUAUGUUUGUGGGUCCAACUGGAACAGGGAAAAGUGUCUACAUUAUUGAUUUCUUAUUAAAUCAUCUGAACAAAGACAUUUAUAAACCAUUGCUGAUUAACUUUUCAGCCCAAACUACUGCUGCUCAGACUCAAAACAUCAUCAUGUCUAAGCUGGACAAAAGAAGAAAGGGAGUUUUUGGCCCACCUUUAGGCAAAAAAAUGGUUGUAUUUGUGGAUGAUGUGAACAUGCCACAAAGAGAAGUCUAUGGUGCUCAGCCACCAGUUGAGCUUCUACGUCAGUGGUUAGACCAUUGGAAUUGGUAUGAUCUAAAGGACUGCAGCACAAUUAAACUAGUGGACAUUCAAAUUAUGUGUGCAAUGGGACCACCAGGUGGUGGUCGAAACCCAAUUACACCUCGAUUCAUGAGGCACUUUAAUACUGUGACUAUUAAUGAGUUUCAAGACCAAACUAUGUACAUCAUUUUUUCUCGGAUCCUUGAUUGGCAAUUUAGCAUAAGGUUCACUUUCCAACCAGAAUUUGGAACACUGACUUCACAAGUUGUGAAUGCCACCUUGGUCGUUUACAAGGAAGCAAUGAAAAAUCUCCUCCCAACACCAGCUAAGUCUCACUAUCUGUUCAACCUGCGGGACUUUUCCCGUGUUAUUCAAGGGGUGUGUCUUUCCAGUCCAGAAACAUCAGAAUCUCCAGCUGUGAUCAAGCGUCUCUGGGUUCAUGAGGUUUUACGAGUCUAUUAUGAUCGUUUGGUGGAUGAUGGAGAUCGAGCAUGGCUUGUUGACUGUCUCCGAGAAGUGACAAAUAGUCAGCUGGAAGACAACUUUGAUGAGCUCUUCAUAUACCUUGAUGCUGACAGUGAUGGCAUAGUGAAGGAAGAUGAUCUUCGUAGCCUAAUGUUCUGUGAUUUCAGUGAUCCCAAAGGUGAAGACAAAGGCUAUAGAGAAAUCUUUGAUGUUAGAAAGUUACGAAAAAUAGUUGAAGGUCAUUUGGAUGAGUUUAAUAAUCUCAGUAAAAAGCCGAUGAAUUUGGUUGUAUUCAGAUUUGCAAUUGAGCAUGUCUGUCGAAUUUCCCGUAUUUUAAAGCAGCCCCAUAGCCAUGCACUUUUGGUAGGAGUUGGAGGAAGUGGUCGUCAGUCACUAACUCGGCUUGCAUCACACAUGGCUGACUAUAUUCUGUUUCAAGUGGAAAUUUCCAAAAGUUAUGGUUCUACUGAAUGGCGAGAAGAUUUAAAACUAAUAUUCCGAAAAGCUACUGAAGGCGAGAUGCAAGGUGUUUUUUUAUUUACUGACACUCAGAUUAAACAAGAAUCAUUCCUAGAAGACAUCAACAAUUUAUUGAAUGCGGGAGAAGUACCAAAUCUCUUUGCAGUGGAUGAGAAACAGGAGGUUUGUGAGCGUAUGCGUCUAAUUGAUCGUCAAAGAGACAAAUCAAAACAGACUGAUGGAAGUCCAUUGGCACUUUUCAACAUGUUUAUUGAACGUUGUCGUAAUCAGUUACAUGUUGUUUUAGCAAUGAGCCCAAUUGGAGAUGCUUUCCGUAACAGGCUGAGGAAAUUCCCAGCACUCGUCAACUGUUGCACCAUAAACUGGUUUCAGUCUUGGCCUGAAGAUGCUUUGCAAGCUGUAGCAACCCGUGCUUUGGGAGACAUUGAAAUGGCACAGGAUAUACGUCUGGGCUGCAUCGAUAUGUGCAAGAGUUUUCAUACGUCAACUAUUGAAUUGUCUGAAACAUUCCAUACAGAGCUUCAGAGACACAACUAUGUGACUCCUACAUCUUAUUUGGAACUGAUCUCCACAUUCCAAGUAUUACUUGAAGUAAAAAGAACUGAAGUAGUGAAGAUGAAAAGAAGAUAUGAAGUUGGUUUAGAAAAGCUUGAAUCUGCUGCAUCUCAGGUAGCUACAAUGCAGGCAGAACUGGAAGCCCUGCAGCCUGAACUAAUAGUCGCGAGUUCAGCAGUAGAUGAAAUGAUGAUAAUCAUUGAAAAAGAGUCUAUUGAGGUCUCACGAACAGAGGAGAUUGUGAAAGCUGAUGAAAUCAUAGCAAAUGAUCAAGCCAUGGCUGCCAAAGCAAUUAAGGAUGAAUGUGAUGCUGAUCUGGCACAAGCUUUGCCAAUUCUGGAAUCUGCACUUGCAGCCCUUGAUACACUCACUACACAAGAUAUUACUGUGAUGAAGUCUAUGAAGAGUCCCCCAGCUGGAGUAAAGUUAGUUAUGGAGGCAAUUUGUAUUUUAAAAGGAAUAAAACCAGACAGAAUUCCAGAUCCUACUGGAUCAGGUAAAAAAAUUGAAGAUUUCUGGGGCCCUGCCAAAAAAGUACUGGGUGACAUGAAACUUUUACAGUCUCUCCAUGAGUAUGACAAGGACAAUAUUCCUUCAGCCAUCAUAAAUGUCAUUAGGAAUAAAUACAUAACAAAUCCAGAAUUUAUUCCAGAAAAGAUUCGUAAUGCGUCCACAGCAGCUGAGGGCCUCUGCAAAUGGGUUAUUGCAAUCGACUCCUAUGAUAAAGUGGCUAAAGUUGUAGCUCCCAAGAAAGAGAAGCUAGCACUGGCUGAAGGUGAAUUGAAGAUAGCAAUGGAUGGUUUAAGAAAGAAGCAAGCUGCACUUAAGGAAGUGCAAGAUAAACUGGAAAAACUGCAAGAACAAUUGGAAACCAAUAAGCAAAAGAAAGCAGACCUCGAAAACCAGGUUGAUUUGUGCAGUAAAAAGCUGGAUCGAGCAGAACAACUCAUUGGUGGACUUGGUGGUGAGAAGACUCGUUGGAAUGAAACUGCCAUAAAUUUAGGCAUUCAAUAUACUAACCUAACAGGUGACAUCCUGAUUUCUUCUGGAAUAGUGGCAUAUCUUGGAGCCUUCACAUCAACCUAUAGACAGUACCAAACAGGAAAAUGGGUGGAGCAGUGCAAGGAGAUGCGCAUCCCAUGCUCUGACGAUUUCUCUCUGACAGUUACUUUGGGCGACGCUGUAAAAAUUCGAUCUUGGAAUAUUGCUGGAUUACCUACUGAUAGUUUUUCCAUUGACAAUGGUAUCAUCAUAUCGAAUGCUCGAAGAUGGCCACUAAUGAUAGAUCCUCAAGGUCAGGCAAAUAAAUGGGUAAAAAAUAUGGAAAAGGCUAACAGUCUUCAUGUAAUUAAGCUCAGUGACUCGGACUUUGUCAGAACUUUAGAAAAUUGCAUUCAAUUUGGCACUCCUGUUCUGCUGGAAAAUGUUGGUGAGGAGCUAGAUCCCAUCCUGGAACCUUUGCUGCUUAAGCAAACAUUCAAGCAGGGUGGCAGCAUGUGCAUUCGACUGGGAGAUUCCACAAUUGAAUAUGCCCCAGAUUUCCGCUUUUACAUCACAACGAAACUGAGAAAUCCCCAUUACCUGCCAGAAACAUCUGUCAAGGUGACCCUGUUAAACUUCAUGAUUACCACAGAGGGAAUGCAAGACCAGCUUCUUGGUAUUGUAGUGGCCAGAGAAAGGCCGGACUUGGAGGAUGAGAAGCAGGCUUUAAUUUUGCAAAGUGCAGAAAACAAAAGGCUGCUGAAAGAAAUUGAAGAUAAGAUUCUAGAAAUUCUUUCAUCCUCAGAAGGAAACAUCUUAGAAGAUGAAACUGCCAUAAAGGUUUUAUCUUCGUCAAAGGUUCUUGCCAAUGAAAUAACUCAAAAGCAAGCUGUAGCUGAGGAAACAGAGAAGAAAAUCGACACCACUCGAAUGGGCUAUCGACCUAUCGCCAUACAUUCUUCCAUCUUAUUUUUCUCAAUUGCUGAUCUUGGUAACAUAGAACCUAUGUACCAGUAUUCCUUGAAUUGGUUUAUCAACCUUUUUGUCAUGUCUAUAGAAAAUUCGGAAAAAUCUGAUGACCUCUCGGAAAGGUUGAUGAUUCUACAAAAGUAUUUUACUUAUUCACUGUAUGUGAAUGUGUGCCGAUCACUCUUUGAAAAGGACAAGCUGCUGUUUUCAUUUUGCUUGACAAUAAAUCUACUAAGGCAUGAAGGACUGAUUGAUGAUGAGGAAUGGACAUUUUUGCUGACAGGUGGAAUUGGCUUAGAUAACCCUUAUGAGAAACCAUGUGACUGGCUUCCGACAAAAGCUUGGGAUGAGUUUUGCCGUCUUGAUGAGAUUAAAGCAUUUGCAGGCAUCCGGAAGGAAUUUGUGCUUCUGUUAGAAGGAUGGAAAUCUGUAUAUGACAGCUUGGAGCCAUACCGAGAGGUAUUUCCUGGUCGAUGGGCCGAAGGUCUUAGAAGCUUCCAGAAGAUGCUUGUAAUUCGCUGCCUGAGGCCUGACAAGUUUAUUCCAAUGACGCAGGAAUAUGUAACAGCUAAACUUGGCCGACAAUUCAUUGAACCUCCUCCAUUUGAUUUGGGUAGUGCUUUUGGCGACAGUCACUGCAUUGCACCACUUAUAUUCAUCCUUUCGCCUGGUGCUGACCCAAUGGCUGCCCUCCUCAAGUUUGCUGAAGAUCAGGGAUUUGGGGGAUCUAAGCUGAGCUCUCUGUCCCUUGGGCAGGGUCAAGGGCCAAUAGCCAUGAAUAUGAUCGAGAAGGCUGUGAAGCAAGGGUCCUGGGUGGUAUUACAAAACUGCCACCUGGCAACAUCAUGGAUGCCGACAUUAGAAAGAGUCUGCGCGGAACUGAAUCCAGAGACUACGCAUCCUGACUUCAGACUGUGGCUUACAAGCUAUCCAUCUCCAAAUUUCCCAGUUUCUGUCCUUCAAAAUGGCGUGAAAAUGACAAACGAAGCUCCAAAGGGUCUUCGAUCUAAUAUUAUCCGAUCCUACCUCAUGGAUCCCAUUUCUGAUCCGGAGUUCUUUGGUAGCUGCAAGAAGCAAGCUCAAUUUAAAAAGCUUCUGUAUGGUCUAUGCUUCUUCCAUGCAUUAGUUCAGGAAAGACGGAAAUUUGGACCGUUAGGAUGGAAUAUUCCUUAUGAGUUUAAUGAAACUGAUCUGCGAAUAAGUGUACAACAGCUCCACAUGUUCCUCGACCAGUAUGAGGAAGUCCCUCUCGAUGCCAUUCGAUAUAUGACUGGUGAAUGCAACUAUGGUGGUAGAGUGACAGAUGACUGGGAUCGGCGCACUCUCCGGUCAAUUCUUAAUAAAUUCUAUAACAAAGAAAUUACAACAAAUGACGCCUAUACAUUUGACUUAAGUGGCAUCUAUUAUGCUCCACCAGAAGGCGAUUACCUCAGCUACAUUAACUAUACUAAGAGCCUCCCUUUGAACCCGACUCCAGAAGUCUUUGGAAUGCAUGCUAAUGCAGAUAUCACUAAGGAUCAAUCAGAGACCCAGAACCUGUUUGACAGUAUCCUACUUACUCAGUCUCGAGCCACUGGUGGGGCAGGAAAAUCAACUGAUGAUAUUGUUUUUGAGGUGUCAACUGAUAUCCUGAGCAGGAUCCCUGCAGACUUUGAUAUUGAGGCUGCUAUGAGAAAGUACCCAACUACAUACAAUCAGAGCAUGAACACUGUGUUGGUACAAGAGAUGGGUCGUUUUAAUAUCUUGCUUAGAACAAUUAGGGAGUCCUGCAUCAACAUACAGAAAGCUAUCAAGGGACUGGUGGUGAUGUCUGCUGAAUUGGAAGAGGUGGUGAAGAGCAUGCUGACAGGAAAGAUCCCAGGAAUGUGGAUGAAUAAAUCGUACCCUAGUCUCAAGCCACUUGGCAGCUAUAUGCAUGACUUCUUGGACAGACUGAAAUUCUUACAGGACUGGUAUGAUGAUGGAGCUCCUCCUGUCUUCUGGUUAUCUGGAUUUUUCUUUACUCAAGCGUUUCUGACAGGGGGCCAGCAAAAUUAUGCCAGAAAAUACACCAUUCCCAUUGACUUGCUUACAUUUGACUAUGAAGUACUGGAGGACAUGAAUUACCUAUUUCCCCCAGAAGAUGGUGUCUAUGUACGAGGCCUCUUUAUAGAUGGAGCACGCUGGGAUAGAAGUCUUAAAAAACUGGCAGAAUCAUAUCCCAAAAUUCUCUAUGAUACAAUGCCUGUUCUGUGGCUAAAACCUUGUAAGAAGUCAGAAAUCUCUCCACAUCCUGUUUACAUUGCUCCAGUUUACAAGACCAGUGAGAGAAGGGGUACAUUGUCCACAACUGGACACUCUACUAACUUUGUGAUUGCAAUGCGUAUUCCUUCUGACCAGCCUCCUGAAUACUGGAUUGGACGUGGUGUAGCUCUACUCUGUCAGCUUAAUUCGUAA